AUGAGAAUCCUCAUGUUAGGACUGGAUAACGCUGGGAAAACGACUAUUCUAUACAAACUAAAGUUGGGUAAGGCAAAAAACACCGUGCCAACUGUUGGUUUCAAUGUGGAAACGAUAAAAUACAAAAACCUGAUAAUGCAUACCUGGGAUAUUGGAGGACAGGAACGUAUCAGAGCGUUAUGGCGUCAUUAUUUCUCAGGUACAGAUGCCCUUAUCUACGUGGUUGACUCUGCCGACCAAAGCAGAUUGUCAGAUGCAAAGAAUGAGCUACUGAAGGUGAUUAGCGACAAGGAAUUGGCCGGAUGUUACAUCGCUGUGCUAGCCAAUAAACAGGACUUACCAAACGCGUUAACUCCUACCGAAUUGAUUGACCAAAUGGGUCUUAAAGAACUAACUUCACAUAACUGGUGUGUCAUCCCUACUGUGGCUAUCAAUGGUACUGGUCUUACCGAGGCUUUGAGUUGGAUAUCAACCAAUGCCUUAAGCUGA